GUCUGUUGAGACCCUUCCAGAUGAACCGGAAGGUUUCACUUUAAAUCUCAUCUCGUAAAAAGGGGUUUUCUAUUGGAUUUAUAACUAGAGGGUCAAAAUUGAAGAUAAGAAAAAUAAUUUAAAAGUUCUGAUCCGGUGUGGAAUCAUAGUCGUCUUACCGCCGUUUCUCCCUGCAUUUGACCGGAAACACUUUUCUUAAUUCCGAUGACGUUCUCCCUGAGCAGACUGGUGGUUCCGUUUCUGGUUCUGGUGCUGUUUCUGGAUCUGUGCGUAGAAACCGGGCUCUCUCACUCAACCCCGGCGCGUGACGACCACGUGCAUCAUCACGGAGGUGGGUGUAGUAGUCAUUCUCACGAUCACGAUCACGAUCAUCUUGAGCCGAAACAAAUGAAGUUGCCGGAGGAGCUGGCAGAGGAAGAGGAUAUGAGGCUGUGCGGGUUUGGUCCAUGUCUUCAUAACGAUCAUGAUCACGAUCACGACCACGAAUCAAGUUCUGCCCUUUCUGGGUUUGCAUUGUGGGUUAAUGCAUUGGGUUGCUCUCUUUUGGUUAGCUUGGCGUCACUCAUUUGUCUGAUAUUGCUCCCAGUUAUGUUUGUUAAAGGGAAGCCAGCAAAAUGGUUUGUUGAUGCCUUGGCUCUCUUUGGUGCAGGAGCUAUGCUGGGGGAUGCUUUUCUUCACCAACUGCCUCAUGCUUUUGGUGGUGGUCACUCUCACUCAUCUAAUCACCAUGAAAGCCAUGGCCAUCAUGAUCAUUCUCAUUCUCAUUCGGAUUCUCCUUCACACUCGCAUUCUAUACAAGAUCUCUCUGUUGGACUGUCUGUUCUUGCUGGGAUUGUGGUCUUCCUUCUUGUGGAGAAGUUGGUUCGGUAUGUGGAAGAAAACUCGUCUGGAUCCAAUACUUGGGGCCACCACCACCAUGCAGGCAGUAAGAAACUGAAGGAUGAGGACGAUCAUAACAACGCGGACAAACAGUGUCCCUCUGAUGCAACUCAAAAUUCAUCAGAGAAAGUCUCAAGCGGCUCUAAAGAUAAAUCUCUCCGUAAGAGAAAGACUUGUGCUAGCGAUUGUGUGGAUAAAUCAAACUCAGGCACAGAGGUUAUUUCUGAUGGAAAAAUGGACGAACCUGAACAGGUGGAGAAGAAUUCAAGCUUAGUAUUUGGUUACCUCAACUUGUUCUCUGAUGGUGUUCACAAUUUUACUGAUGGGAUGGCGUUAGGAAGUGCGUUUCUCAUCUACGGAUCAGUUGGUGGAUGGUCAAGAACCAUGUUCUUGCUUGCGCACGAGCUUCCCCAAGAGAUAGGUGAUUUUGGGAUUCUAGUGAGGUCAGGCUUCACUGUAUCAAAAGCACUCUUCUUCAACUUCCUCUCUGCACUUGUUGCACUUGCAGGAACUGCCCUGGUUUUGGUCUGGGGAAAUGAACCGGGACAGUCGUCGUUGAUUGAGGGAUUUACAGCGGGAGGAUUCAUAUACAUAGCGGUUGCUGGUGUACUUGCGGAGAUGAACAACUCAGGAAAAUCAACACUUAAAAACAGUGUGUGCCAUUUGAUAUCUUUGAUGCUUGGCAUGGGUGUUGCUCUUGUCAUCUCUCUUCUUGAAUGAUCUCUCUCAUAACAAUUGCUUUGUGACUGGAUAUAGAAAUGUCCCAAACUGAGGGUUACAAAAAUGAUAAUCUUCUACACUUAUGGCAAAUUUUCUGUGGUUAGAGGGAUUUCAUUUUUUUCAA